AUGGUGAAGUUUCUGCCCUUCUUCCGACGUCAGGCUGCCCUGCAGAAGGAUGAAAGCGGCCAGUCCAUGGGCGCAAGAAUUUUGACAGAGCAGGAUGUACAGAUCAGCUGGAUGUCUGACGACCUUGAUGAGAGAAUAGCCUUUCUCCAAGCUCUGGCAGAUCAAAGCCUCCCGAUGCCGCAGAACGAGUCGCAAUUCCAUGCAGCCCGAGUGUUCAGCGAUGCGACAGGGCGCUCGGAAUAUCGUGUGGACCAGUGGAUGGACUACCUACAGCUUCACGGCUACUCCAUCCCGGAGGUGACAAGAUGA